GGUACCUUAUCCACAGCCAAGUUCAACUUAUCCACAAAGAAACAUCGUGGUUCCCUCGCAUCAGCAUCUUUCGUAAUUUUCUUCACUGCUAUUUGCCAUUGCCACACUCUCAUUCUCGAUGGCGGCGAAGAUUUCAUUGGCAAUUGGUUUGAGAACUCUCUUCACUGUUUUGGGACUUCUCAUGCUUGCUGUCUUUCUUUACACUGCCUUCACCGAUGGUCUAGGUGUUCGCUUUCUCAAAGAACUUGUCAGACCGUGGAUGGUAGCAACUUUGGUUUGUUUCUAUAUCAACAUUGUAGCUUUUGCUGUCUGGAUUGCUUACAAGGAAUCAAACUUGAUCAGCUCAAUUCUGUGGAUUGUUUUGAUUGCCUUGUUAGGGAGUAUCUUUACAUCUGCCUAUAUUGUUGUGCAAUUUCUGAAGUUGUCAUCUCAAGAAUCUUCACAGGAUCCUAUGUAUUAUGUUCUGUUGCGGCAUCCAAACAAGAAUGGCACAGCACCACAAAGACAGCGUUCAUCUGUUGUGACUCUAAGAAUAAUUUUCAGCAUUUUGGGUGUUGUCAUGCUUGGAACUUUGGUGUACACUCUUGUCACCAAUGGUUCUCCUUUCCGUAAAGGGGUUCUAACUCCGUGGUUGGCAACAACACUAGUUGACAUCUAUUUCCACAUUGUGAUUUAUGCAGUCUGGGUUGCCUACAAAGAAUCUAGUUGGAUUUCUGCAGUCUUUUGGAUAAUUCUAUUGAUAUGUUUUAGCAGCAUGGCUACUUGCCUCUACAUUACAUGGCAGCUGUUCCAGAUAUCUUGUCAAGAUCCUGCUUACCUUGUUUUAGUGCAUCAUGGAGACAGGGCGGAAAACGAAUAUACGGGGAUUUCUGGUGAGGCAACAUAACAAUGGUGUUCAUGAACCAAAGGCAAGUAAGAAGCUCAUGUGGCAUGUUCUUGCAAAUCUGUCUGUGGAUUGCUUAUAAGGCUUAUGAUCUGGCAUUUACUUUGUUCGAUAGUUGCAGGAAAUAAAAAGAAAGGGGAUCAGAUCAUCCCUGAGCAGAUAUUGUAACACCAGAAGACAAAAUUAACAUACUGGUGUAAUAGAUGUAGUUUGGAGAUCAUUAUCUCUGCAAAUACUACUGCAGAAGAAUGAUGUCAUUCCCCAAGCAGUAAUUGUUCUACUUUCUUGUGUUAUGAAUGCUCAAUUUUUUCCUCUGUAUAACACCACUGUAAUUGAUUAUAAAGUUCAAACGUUAGAAUCAGAGAAAAUGUUCAGAUCAUAAGUAUCUAUUCAUUUGUUACUUGCA